GGCAUUCCUUUCCAAAUUAAAAACCGACAGAUAAGUUCAGUUGAGGGCGAAAAGGAUUUGAAGUGCAAGAAGCGGGCUGGGUUUAUUUAUGUAGCUACCGAGGUUUAUUUCAGGCCAUAAAAGGAUUUGUCAGGCUUAUUUACUCAAACUCUAUCUCGGUUAAAUUCAAUGUGUCACUAAAAUAGGGACAAAAUAAUUCAAAUUUACGAAGAAAUGGAUCGAAAGAUUCGCUCUGGAAGCAUACUUUUGUCCCUUCCCAAGGGAUACGUCUGGGGACAAGCCAUCGUUUCACUGUGAUCACAACAUCACAACCCACCGACACGAGCAGAACCUCUGUGAUUUCUGCUGAUUUAUUACCCUGCAUAUUCAACCUUCAGUCCCGUAGCUAUGGAAAGCAGACGUGUCACCAUCGUCCAGUACGAUUUGUUGUCAAGAGAAGACGAAAAAGACUCGGAUCAAACGUAUGUGUAUUUAUCGUCGAAGCUUUCUCCACUCAGUGCUUCAGAAUUCCUGUUUGAACCGCCAGCAGAGGAGGAUCAAAGCGACCACAGUGAACAGAACAGCAUCUUGGUCCUGGAGUCAGACAGCGCAAGCGACGAGGCAGGUCCUUCUACGUCUGCAAGUAAAAUGAACACGCCUGUCAGGCAAUGCGUCAAGUGA